CUUCCUUUUCCUCACAUGGGUCGCAGCCAAGCAUAGAGGGAUGUCUGGGAGGUUUUAUUCCUGCAAGACCGAAGACCUCACACGUGCCUAACUGGAGAUCUGAAAAUAAAUAUGUUACACAGUAACAAGAUUAGCAGAGAGGGGAAGCGAAGAGAAACAAGGGAUUGAAAGAGGCAAAAGACGAACUUUGCUCCCAAGGACAGAAACUGCUCUGCAGGAGAGAACAAGCUAGUUACAACAGGCAAGAGAUAAGAAAAGCAAGUGAAACUUCUCAAUGGCUUACCGACUUUUUGAAGGGAAGGAACACGCUUCCAUCUACCAACAGUAUCGGUUUACUCCUCCAUCUGGGCUCAAGGACGUUAUCAUUCAGUACUUGGACAAAAAGAAGGGACAGCCGCAUGUGCUUGCUGUAGAUCUGGGAUGUGGAACUGGUCAGCAUACUCGACUAAUUGCGCCGCAUUUCAAAGAAGUGGUUGGCAUUGAUAUCAGCGACUUCCAACUGAAGGAGGCCCGGGCCGUGCCGGGAUACGCUAACAUCACAUACUGUAAGGGGACAGCAGAAGAGCUUCCUUUUGAGGAUGGCACUGUAGACUUGUUGACAGCAGCUUCGGCAGCACAUUGGUUCGACCCGACCAGGUUUCUGCUCGAGGCUGAUCGGGUCCUGAAGCCCAGGGGCUGCAUGGCUCUGCUGGGCUUCACGGACUGUAACAUCAGAUUAAACUAUAAGGACUGUGGAGAAAAGCUAAACCAUAUCUACCAGGAGGUGAAGGAGUUGCUGCGGCCUUACACAAGCAACCCAGUCGCUGCAUCAGAGAGUAAACUGGAAGACUUGUACUCUGCCAUACCCUUUCCAGACAAGGAAAGGAUUGAGAGUUUUCAGUGCAAAUCCAUGAUCUCUGUCAGAACAUUGGUGGGUUUUAUUAGCACUUGGUCCAUGUACAAUUCUUACAAGAGAAAAGACCCACAAGGGGCUGAAGACAUGCUGGCCAACAUUCAGAAGCGGUUCCUGGAUGAAAUGGGCGUAACUUCUGUUGACACUGAAAUAGAACGGGAGUGGGAAUAUUUCUGCGUCCUGGCUUCAAAGCCGCAAUAACCAACACCACGACAUUAUGUGCCACUAACCACUGGAAGACUUUUUUCAUGAUGCUUCAAUUUGUAAUUCAUAAAGAGCUAACAAGAACCAGAGAGUACUUAUUUGGCUUUGUACCCAUGCAGAAUUUCCGAGUAUUUUAACAAUUGCCUUGAUCAAAGGUUUACACUACAUUUGAGGAGUUUCUGUUAUUAUGAUUUGAAAAGAGAAAAUAGAAUUGCUUGAUAAUUAAUUGUUAGCUAAUCAUUAGUUAUGAGUGACACAAACGUGUUGCAAUGGGCAUAAAUAUGAAAUUCUUUCAAAGUUAUGAGUACAACUCAAGUUGAUUCUAUUUAGGUGAGGCAGAUAAAAACACAAAGAGAGAAACACUACACAACUGGGCAAAGAAUCUCUUGAUAUUUAAAACAGUUUUUAGGAGAAAUGCACAAAUCAGAAUGUUUGGAUAGGAUGUUCAUUUGUUCUAGUAUCCCUUUUAUGCUGUUGUUUUGCAUUUAUAACAAUUUUUUGACUAACAGUUUAGAGGUUGCUUUUUGGUCUGUCUACAACUUCUGAGGAACCUUAAAGUAGUGACUUAUCAAGAUAUUUUCUAAUUUGUCCUCCAAUCAGAACAUCCUAUGCUAUUUUUUUUCUCCACUGGAUCUGUUUGUGUGUUUUAGUCAGAGUACUGUACUCUUCCGUACAUCUGCAGAUCUGGAGUGUCAGCACUCUACUCAUUCUCCAAACUCGCUUUUUACUGCAGGGAUCUUUUAUAUGAAACAUGUUUUGUUAGCGUAGCAUUUUCCAAACAUUUCUGAGUGGUGCUUUCUGGAUUUUACUGUGAUCUCCACACCCUGUCGUUUCUUUUGACCUUUUCAAAAGAAUCUCAGAUUCUGUUUGCGAAAAACAGAAUCUGAGAUUCUUGUGUGCUUGCAUUCUAAAACGUGUGUAAAAUCUCUCCUUACACCCUAAACUUCUGCAACACACUUGAAUGUUUACCAGAGGGAAAGCAAAAUAUCCCAGGGACUAUGUAACUUUUUUGAGCUUUAUAUGAUGUAUAUUAUUAUUCCCUCAUAAAAACAAACAUGGAGUGUUGCUUUGUUACUUUCAUGCAUGUUUGAGGAAUCUUUGAAUCUCCCAUGGCAACCA